AUGGAUCUCGCAUACGACCAUAUUCAAGAGGAGGUCAUCAAGAAUGCUGGCGAGGGAGGAGAGGGCUCGCAGCAGGAGGGCGCGCAGAACACUCUGAACAGCGACAUCCAGGAAGCCUACAAGGCAUUCUCAGCCAGUCCAUGGGGCGCCAAGAUUGGAGGCUUCUUUGGUAACGUGAUCAAACAGGGCGAAUCGGUCUACACCCAAGCUUCCAAGGAGUUUGCAGAAGUCGGCGAAGAUGCGCAAAAGGGCUUAUCCAGCCUCCGAGAAACCAUCGUAAACAGAACGCGCUCGCUUUCUCUCACCACCAUCAUCCCCGACUUGACCACCAACGACGCCGACGAGAGCCAGAGGACCCCGACCAACACGACAGCCCCGGCGGCUGGCGAAGCCUCUUCUGCGCAAGAAUCCGAAACAGUGCUGUCGCGAUUACGAAGCGAGGCCGCAAAGCGCUUAAAGGAUCUUCAGAAGGCCGAGGACGCCGCAGACGAAGCCCUGCUCAAGUUUGGAACCAAUAUUCGCGAUUUUCUACGAGACGCCAUUAGCGUCGCGCCUCCCGAUGAAUCCAACCAAGGCAGCCAGGUCAUGUUUGAGAGCAAGGACGCUCAGGGAAAGCGGGUGAUUCAUACUUCGAGGUUCGAGGCGCAACUGCAUGUCAUCCACACGUCGCCGGAGAGCUUCAUGAAAGACCCAUCUGCCACGGAAUACGAACAGUGGACCAAAGGCUUUGAUCUUGACAAGCAGACGGACGAGAUCAGCAGCGACUUGGCGAAAUACCCCGAACUGCGCUCGACCAUGGAGAAGCUUGUGCCGGACCAAAUUCCCUACGCCGACUUCUGGAAGAGAUACUACUUCUUACGUCAUGGCAUUGAGACGGCUGAAACACGACGACGGGAUCUUCUUAAAGCUGCCUCUACGGAAGACGAGGUUGGCUGGGACGACGACUCGGAGGAAGAGGAGGACGAAGAUGACGAAGAAGAAGAAGAUGAUGAUGAAGAUGAAGAAGAGGAUGAAGACGAGGACGACAAGCCCGCAAAGCCCGCCUCUACCGCUGCCGAUACCAAGGGCAAGAAGCCCGAGUCUGUUGCUUCAUCAACCACGAUCCAGGGAGCUGCUGGCGCCAAAGAGUCGAAGCCUGAUGAGUCGAGGAAAUCCCACGAGGAAAAGUCCGAGGCAGAAACUGACGCCAGCUAUGAUGUUGUGGGAGCGGCAUCGGGAAAGACGAGCCAGCUGCCCAGCCGGACCCCAAACAGCCCCAAAGAAGCCAAGAAGAAGGGGGAUGCGGAUAGUGACGACGAUAGCGACGAGGACUGGGAGUAG